CUCUUCUGUGCUGUUAUGAUGAGUACGCUCAGCUCCUGCCUGUUUGCUCUGCCUCUGCUUCUAACCAUUUCAUUAGCAGUGGUGGUGCCCUGGUCUCCAGUGACGUCACCUCCUGGCAGUGAUGUCACUCUCAGCUGCUCUUUCUCCUAUAAAGCGGGGGCUGAUCUCGGGAAAGUGGUGGUUACCUGGCAACGCCGUGACUAUCGGGUGGUCCACAGUUUCUAUUACGGUCAGGACCAGCUGGCUCUGCAGAAUGAAACCUACAGGAAUCGGACCCAGCUGUUCCCAGAGCAGCUCAGUGUGGGGAACGCCUCCCUCAGACUGAAGCAGGUGCGGGAGGAGGAUGAGGGCUGGUACACCUGCGCUGUCACCAACCAAGUGGAGAACACCAGGGGAGACGUGCAGCUCAUAGUGGCAGCCCCUUUCAGCGAGCCGCAGUUAGCGAUUGGCCUGCCUCGCCCCGGUGAUCCUGUGACCCUGACUGUCAGGGUGGCGGGCGGUUAUCCCCGGCCCACACUGCUGUGGCUGAAUGCGGCAGGAAGUGACAUCACAAACCAGAGCCGCACCAACCAGUCUGUGGACAGCAGGGGGCUCUACCAGAUCCAGAGCGAGCUGGAGGCGGUGGUGAAUGAAGCAGAGACCUUCACCUUCGAGCUGGAUCACCCCGUGAUGGAGCAGAGAGUGAGCCGAGCUGUCACCCUGCACCCAAGCACAGGCGUUCGUAUUGAACAGAGAAGCCGGCUGCCUGUUACAUUCUCACUGCUGCUUGUGUUGCUGCUGGUGCUCGGCAUGUUUCUUUAUGGAGCUGUGACAGGCUGAGCGAUCCCUCCCUCUGCUCAGAAACCAGCCCAGCUACCCCUGAGGGUAUACCUUUACACUGCAGUGAAUGGAUGGAGGGAGCAGGGGAACUCUGCCUGAAGGAUCUUGACCUGCAACUCCUCCAGGAAUUCUGGACGAUGCACUGCCGUUACGGAUUCUGUCCCGUUGGUGAGAUGAGGUUAAGACCUCUAAAGCCAUGAAUGCAGACGAGCCCGGCUCUUUUGCAUUGCGGUUAAGACACUCCGGUCCUGUGCUGAGAUGAAGGUCAAGAAGGCUGGACCAGGGGGGGUCAAGUGAGGACACAGACCCCGCAAUCCUCCCCGAUGGAGAAAGCUGUCCGUGCCGCUCCAGUUAGCACCCCCCUAGUGCUGAUAACAGCUGAUCUCCUGAGCCGAACACCCCUAAAACAAGAUCUGACUAAAUAUUGUACAUUUUGUAUUGUGGAUUGGUCGGUCCCCAGCUUAUUGAGGGGCAGGCCAAUUAGACAGGAGAGCUAAUUUGUACCUGGAAAUGCAGUUGUAUAUACAAGCGUGCAAUCUGCCUGUGUUUGGGAGAAGCUGGUGACAUCACACUUCCAGCAGUGUGACAGGGUGGAAGCCCUGUAGGUAAAUAGUGUGUGUGUGUGUGUUCAAUGUUAAUAAAGUUGACAUGUUUUGAAUUUAAGUUUGGCAGGGCUGGGGUUAUAAUCUCACCCCUGCCAGACCCCACGUGUAUUAUGUGGGUCUUGACUGAUUCAUUGACGGUCAAUCCGGUCCCAGCCACCUGGUAUAAAGGAGGUGAAAAGUGAUUUGUCUUGAAAUGGUCGUAGGCGGAUGUGCUCUCAGCUCAAGCGCAGAGAUAGAUGUUGCUUUUGUCUUCUUAGUUUAUUUGUUUAACCCUUUUUGUUUCCUUUGUUUUGUUGUUUUUUUGUUAAUAAAUAUGCGCACCUGCCGCUUCAACUGCAAAA